GCUUACUUCUCCUCCGUCUCUGAAGUCUGAAACCAGCUCUUUCAGACCAAACUCUUGCUUCAGAAUCUCAUCAAUGGCGAAUUUCGGUACUUACCAAGAGUCAUGCCCUUCGAUAAAAAAUAUUCUUCUUUUGGAUUCAGAAGGUAGACGGGUCGCUGUUAAGUAUUACUCAGAUGACUGGCCCACGCUAAAUGCUAAGUUAGCUUUUGAGAAAUCGGUGUUUACUAAAACUCAGAAGACAAAUGCCCGGACUGAAGCGGAAAUAGCAAUGUUUGAUAAUCACAUCGUUGUCUAUAAGUUUGUUCAAGACCUACACUUCUUUGUUACUGGAGGGGAUGAUGAAAAUGAGCUCAUCUUAACCACAGUACUUCAGGGAUUCUUUGAUGCUGUUGCCCUCCUCCUCAGAAGCAAUGUAGACAAAAGGGAAGCACUAGAGAACUUGGAUCUCGUUCUUUUGUGCCUUGAUGAGAUUGUUGAUGGAGGCAUGGUUCUUGAAACCGAUUCAAAUGUUAUCGCAGGAAAAGUUGCAUCCCAUAGCAUUGAUGCUGGUGCACCCUUGUCAGAGCAGACUAUAUCUCAAGCACUGGCCACUGCUCGUGAACAUUUAACAAGAUCCCUUCUCAAGUGAGACUUGCAACUACGCAAGACAAAGAUUAGGUCUGUUUUGCUGUUUGCCUUUAAGAUUUCCUUGAGGUAGGGCAGGGUGGUUGGUUUUACUUCGAUCUUGUAUUCCUGUAUUCUUAGGAGGACAACAUUAUUCAUACUAU